AUGGCGGCGCCGAGGAGCCCCCUGCGGGCGCGCGAGCGGGAGCAGCCUAGCACCUCUGCCACAGGAGGUGACAAAGUUCUUUCUUGGACACUAGUCUCAAGCCAAGCCUUGGACACUGCCUGGAGGACAGUGAAGGGAUCCAUGAUACUGGCAGCCUCGUUACUUCUGGCUGCCCUCUGCCGCUUCCGAGAGCUAUAUUCAUACUCUGGACAUGGUCUGAAAUGGUGGAUCGGAUACCUGCAGAGAAAAUUCAAAAAGAACCUCAGCGUGGAGGCAGAAGUCGAUGUGCUCAGUUAUUGUGCCAGAAAAUGGAAAGGAGAAACACCCUAUGCGAGACUUAUGAAGAAGGCUUAUGAAGAACUAUUUUGGCGACAUCAUAUUAAGUGCGUUCGACAAGUGAAGAGAGAUAAUUACGAUGCUCUAAGAUCCGUGUUAUUUCAGAUCUUCAGCCAGGGCCUCUCAUGUCCCUCCUGGAUGAAAGAAAAAGACAUUGUCAAGCUCCCUGAAAAGCUGCUUUUUUCUCAAGGUUGUAAUUGGAUCCAGCAAUACAGUUUUGGUCCUGAGAAAUAUACAGGUUCAAACGUGUUUGGAAAAUUACGUAAAUGCGUGGAAUUAUUGAAAACGCAGUGGACAGAAUUUAGUGGGAUGAAAGAUUACCAUAAGAGAGGAAAUAAAUGCAACAUGCUGUUUUCGGAUGCGAUUCUGGAAUACAGACUUUAUGAAGCUUUGAAAUUCAUCAUGUUGUACCAAGUCACUGAGGUGUAUGAACAGAUGAAGGCUCAGCAAGGCAUCCCUAGGCCUUUUAGCCUUCUGUUUUCCAGGGAAACAUCGUCUGAUCCUUUGAGCUUCAUGAUGAAUCACCUGAAUUCCAUAGGCGACACUUGUGGUUUGGAGCAGAUUGAUAUGUUUAUACUUGGCUAUUCACUGGAAGUAAAAAUCAAAGUGUUCAGACUCUUUAAGUUCAACUCCCAGCACUUUGAAGUCCGCUACCCAGAGCAGCCUCUCCGAGAGUGGCCGGAGAUCUCUCUGCUGACCGAGGAUGACCACCACUAUCUCAUCCCCAUCUUCUGA